AUACAGCUGUUCAACACUGUGGACAACAAGUUGCUUUUUAACAACCGGGAUGAUUGUGCUUUCUAGGAAAACUAUAAAAGGUGCUUCAUCGAGCUUCUGGAUGCAGUCUCUUGGGGCUCUGGUGUUGUUCUGUGUGUUCCAUUCGAUAUCUGGAUACUCAGAAAGAGAGAGAGCCCAUGAUUUGAUGUCCAGAUAUCCUCUUAUUGAUGGUCAUAAUGACCUCGCUCUCCAGCUGAGGAUCCUUCACGACAACCGCCUGAGCCAAAUUGAUCUUCAUAAUGUCAGCAAAGUGGCCACCGACAUCUACCGUCUGCAAGCGGGCCAUGUGCAGGCGCAGAUGUUUGCGGUCUAUGUGAUGUGUGGGGCCCAGCAGAAGGAUGCUGUGAGGCUGACUCUGGAACAAAUAGAUGUGGUCAGACGUAUGUGCACUGAGUACCAGGACUUUGAGCUGGUUACAUCUGCCCAGGAGCUGAAGAACGCUGAGAUGAGGCGUAAGAUCGCAUGUCUGAUAAGCGUCGAGGGAGGCCACUCUAUUGACAGCAGCAUUCCAACCCUGAGGAUGUUGUACCAGCUCGGUGUCCGCUCCAUGGCCCUGACACACACCUGCAAUACACCCUGGGCUGAGUCAUCCUCAAAACUUUACAAUGUCUUUCAAAGACAGAACAACAGCCUGACAGAGUUUGGAAAGGCCGUGGUGGACGAGAUGAACAGACUGGGGAUGAUAGUGGACCUCUCCCACACUUCUUGGGACACAGCCUUGGCCGUGCUGAAGCAUUCCAAGGCCUCGGUUAUUUUUAGCCAUUCAUCCUCCUACUCUAUCUGCAACCACAGCCGCAACGUACCUGAUUGGCUGCUGCACGAGCUGAAAAAGAACAACGGGUUGAUCAUGGUGAAUCUCCACAGCAAAUUCAUUUCCUGCAAAGAUGAGGCCAACAUCUCUCGGGUGGCUGACCAUUUUGAUCACAUUAAGAAGGUGGUUGGAGCUGAAUCCAUAGGAGUCGGAGGGGACUUUGAAGGUGCUGUGAGCUUUCCAAAGGGCUUAGAGGAUGUGUCAAAGUAUCCCGCUCUGAUCCAGGAACUGCUGCAAAGAAAGUGGACUGAGGAUGAGUUGGCUAAUGUCCUCCGAAGGAACUUCCAACGAGUGUUUGAAGACGUCGAGAAGGUCCGCGACCAGUUGAGUUCCAAACGGCCCAGUGAGGUCCAGAUCCCCUUAGAGGAAGUGCAAAACCCCUGCAGGCUGGUUCUCAGACCUCCUGGCUCCACAGGGCUGCGCUCCGACCAGAACACCUCCUCCGGGGCAGAACAUGGAUCACCAGGUCUGCUAAUCCUGGUCCCGGUUCUGCUGCUUGCCAGCCUAUUUGUGACUGAGUGAACAUUUCAGUUCAGCUGCACCGUCUUCUUUAAAGUGCCUCAUUUUCCACAUAAAGAAAGAAGAGCUUAAUGAGUCUGCUGUAGCCAUUUGUGGGUCAUCACAUGUCAGUAAAGAUUAGGGGGGGAUUAAUCACUUUCUUGCAGUACAGUAAAACUUCUAUGUUUAGCCCCGUUUUUGCAGUAAUUUAAAUACCAACUCCUGUAAAUACAAUAAAUACACAAAUGAUAACUCUUCUGUAAGGCCCUGUACAAUUUAUUUUGGAAUUAAUUUAUUCAGUAUUUAUUUUACUGCUGAAUAUGUUGCACCAUGUUUGACUUGAUCUCUGUGAAAAACAUGAAGGAGGAUGAUAAUGCUGAUAAAUAAAACUGCAGAGAUUGCACUGUAA